GAAGUUGCAAUAGGAAUGAGCAGCCACCUCUCGUGUUCCUCCGUCUCUUCUGUAAACCCCCUGAAAACCCAGACAAACUCCAACAGCUGCUUAUAACUAUUAGGCUAAGCUACUUGGUCUACUUUAGAGACCUGAAGACUCUCCUACUUUAGGGUAAAAGGAAGGCUUCCCAAUCGUCUACAGCGCCCGCUUGUCUCUUCUUCUUCUUCAGGUUUUCUAUAUCCUUGAGACACCCAUGUCUUUCAACACCCAGAGAGUGGGGAUAAGGCGCUUGAAAGAACUUUGACCGGGUAGUAAUGGGUAGCUGCCCAUGUUCAAAUCAUGUUUGGUUGAUUCGGCUUUUCUCCGAAACUGUGCGUUUUUUGUCAAUAGGGUGAGUUUUAGAGUGUAUUCUGCUGCUGCUUCUGCAUUGUUACUGGAGGAUCAUGUGUUUGUGAAAGCUCCAUUACCCUUUGAGGCCUUUGCAGUUCAGGAAAUUAAAGCUCUGGGGAAAAGGUUUUGUACUCAGAGAAAGGAAAAUUUGUAUCCCUUUGUUGUCAGAUUGUUUAAAACUUUGAAUUGGGAGGUCGCAUGGGAUGCAAGGUUCUCUAAGUCUGUGAAAGAGCAUGGCUUUUCUCAUUCUUUAAAUGCCUUUAGAAUUAUUGUUCAUGAAUUUGCAUUGGUGGGAAUGCAAAUGGAAGUGCAAGCUUUGCUUAGAGAUGUUGUAUGCUAUUAUCAAGAAGCUAAGUAUGAUGCAUUUGGGCUGUUCCCAUAUUUAUUGGAUUCACCUCACAGUGGGGUGAGAUCGCUUGUUGUAUUUGAUGCACUAAUAACGGCUUUUGCUGACAACUCGAUGCCUGAGAAUGCUGUGGAUGUGUUUUUGAAGAUUAAAAGAAUGGGUCUUGAGCCACACAUUUGGUCUUGUAAUAUCUUGCUCAAGUGUUUGGCAGAAGCAAACAAACUGGAAUGUGUUAGAAGCUUAUUCGAAUGUUUGAAAAACUCUGGGCCAUCUCCUAAUGUUUACACUUACACAGUUAUGGUGAGCUUUUUCUGUACAGGAUAUCCACUGCAGGAUGUGGAUAUCAGUCAAGCCACUGACAUUCUUCAAGAAAUGGAGAAGAGUGGGAAACACCCAACUGCAGUGAUAUAUGCUGAAUAUAUUCAUGGACUCUGUAAAGCUGGAUAUGUUGAGUUUGCUUUGGACUUCAUCCGAAACAUGCAACACAGAGACCAACCUCUCAAUAGUUAUUGUUAUAAUGCUAUACUUCGUGGGUUUUGCCAAAAAGGCGAAACUUGUCAAGCUCUAAAAUUGUUGGAGGAAAUGAAGAGCUACGGGAUGGUGCCAGAUGUUUAUUGCUACACCAUAUUGAUAGAUGGAUUUUGCAAGGAAGGGGAUAUAGAGAAAGCUCUUGCUUUGUUUGAGGAAAUGGAGCUUUGUAAAAUAAAACCUUCUUUGGUUAGCUAUAGCUCACUUAUAUAUGGUCUUUGCAAACUUGGAUUGAUAGAUCAUAUGUUAGAUAUAUAUCGUAAUCUGGAGUCUGCCGGUGUGUGCCCUGAUGCUAUCACUUGCACUCUCAUUGUUGAUGGGUAUUGCAGGGAAGGGCGCUUGGAGGAAGCCUUGAGAUUUAUUUACGAGAUGUAUCAUCAAGGCAUAAGCCCUAACUCGUAUACUUAUAAUGCAGUCCUCAACAGUUUGUGCAAGCAAGGAAAGCCAGAAAAAGCAUGGGAACUAAUCCCUCAAAUGCUUAAAAGGAAUAUACUCCCAGAAGUUGCAAAUUAUAAUACUCUUAUAAAUGGCUUUGGAAAACAGUUGAAUUCAAAGAAGGCCUGCAUGGUGUAUGGAGGAAUGCUCAAAGCUGGUGUCAUGCCCAAUACAGUCACAUAUACAAUCCUCAUCAAUAUACUCUGCCAUAGAGGCAAACUAUAUGAAGCUUGUAACAUGUUCAAGGAAAUGAGUGAAAGGGGUUUGGCUGCAGAUGUGAUUUCUUAUACAUCUCUAAUUGCUGGGUUUUGUAGGAUGGGAGACAUGAAGAAGGCUUGGGUACUGUUCAAAGAAAUGUUGAGCAAAAACCAUUUGCCCAAUGCUAUCACGUAUACGUGUUUAAUAGAUGGUUUUUGCAAGUCUUCUCGCAUGGAUUAUGCCAGUUUCUUGUUUGAGGAAAUGAAGAAUAAAAAUGUUACUCCUGAUCUGGUGACUUACACUGUUCUCAUCAUUGGGUACUGUAGGCUCCGGAAUAUUGAUAGAGCAAUUCAGUUAUUUGAUGAAAUGAAGCACAGUGGUAUCUCAGGGGAUGGUUUUGCCAAUGAAGCUUUGGGGCUUUACACCAAAGACUGGUUUGUUUACAAAAGAUUAGAAAGCUGAGGAAACAAUGUUUCUAUGACGACCAGAUGGUGUGUUUCCGAACACAGACUUCUUAAAUCAUCACUGAGACAAAUCAAAGUGCUAUUGCUGAGGCAUGUGAAUAUUCGCUUACAGAGAUCUAUGGACUGGUGGUAGGUUCUCGACGAGAAAGGUUUCAUGUCCUCUCAUUAUUGGAUUUUCAAUGAAAUUGCAACUACAGGAGGUACACAUUGAAUUUUGGAAGAUGUGGAAGUUAUUUCAUGUUUUACUUGGUGCUGACCCCUGUAACUCCUAAAAUACUAGCUUCAUGUGCAGUUGCAGACUUGGUAAGUGUCUUCUUUGAUGCCAACAGUACUCACAGAACCCACUUAGUGGUAUCUGUUUUAAAUGACUAGGUCAAGCUUUUAUUAUUUUCCACUUGAUAUGAUGAACGCAUGAUGCAAGGAAAUGUAGGGAAUAAUUUCAAUUACUAAUUUGUAAACAUGAAGACUUUCUUAUUUGUUAGGGCAAUAUAUAUAUAUAUUUGCGUUUCCAAUAAGAACUGAAUUGUUUAGCUUUAAUUGAAACUGUUGAGGUGGAGAUUGCCAACAGAGUGAACUCCAUAUUUUGAUGGAAUACACGGUAAUGGGGUGAUUGAGACUACAAGAAAAAAAAAAAAAAAGAAGUGCCAAGCUACAGGAAAUAUGAGAAGGAAUACAGAGGAGAUGAAUGUCAGUCUUUUAUAUAGAUAUCUUGUGCUGCUGGCCAUUGUACCCCAUGACUACAUUACUUCAUAACUUUUUGUUAUCAUUGUAUGUGCAGUGCAAGGGUUUAAUUUUAAGAAACCAGUCGGAGAAUGCUCAGUCAUGCAUAAGUAAUCUUGUUAAGGCCAGGGUUCCAAAGAUCAAUCCUUGUAAUCUCGAAGUCCCAUUUCUUGCUUUAUCAGGGCCAGCAAUUGUUGUGCGUGAAGGUUGUUUCCGCUACCCAUAUGGAUGCAGAGUUUGAUGCUAUACCAUCCAACACUCUGGCAUGCAUUGAUGGUAAUUUAAAUUACUUAUGUGUUUCGUGUUGAUUACCAGGUUGUGGUCGCUGCUCCAAGAAAUGAGUUAUAUCAGUUCCAAGCUGGAAUCUGUCCAGGAUGUGAGCUCCUUUGAAGUUGAAUAUUUUGACAGGAAGUCGACUUAUGUUGGUGCAAGAAGAUCAGAAUAGUCAUCAAGAGAACCAGGCAGUCUAUUGAGUCGCUUGUGCCACAACUCCAAGACAUCAUUAGCUUUAUGAGACCACACAUUGCAUUUCUUUGCUUGGAACAGAGAUCCAAACCUUUCCACAUGCACGUCUUAGCAGUUUGGUAUUAUUGUUUGCAAGGGUAAUGCAAGUUCUUUUCUUGUAAAAACGACAAAUUUUCCUCUCUCAUUUCAACAUAUGACCCAAUAUGGUCUCCACAUUA